CCCGAUGUAAAGCAGAGCACAGUUCCUGAUGGCUGGAGGUAGGGACACGGUUUUUUGCCGCGCCCCGCGUGGAUAUUCCACUUUAGCGCCAGUAUUCGCUCUAAUUCCCCCACAGUCGGGCACCGCAGCCUACUCAAUACACGGUGUGUGUGGUGCAUGUUAUUGGCUGGGCAGAUGAAAGCGAAAGAUUAGUCAUGGUUCAACAUUUAUGGAAAUAGGAAAAGAAAGCAUUUGUUAGGAUAGGGCAAUUGGACCAUACUCGAGCCGGUGAUUCAUUAUAGGAUCUUCCAGCCAACCCAGGCACGAUCAGUGCAACUUUGGGACAGGCGAGGGAUCGCAAGGGUGUUGGUGGAAUUGAAACUAGCCGGUGUAUCAGGCGGCCCGAAACGCGUUAGCAAGAAACUUUGGCUGCAGUAGCACGAGAGUUCGGUUAAUUCGGAACAAACUUAUUUCCACGCUGCCGGCGUGUCCACUCCCCGUCGAACAACAGCGAGGACUGGGAGGGUGCGCAGACACGUGACGCGUCCUCUGGCACCGAACUGGAACGGUUGUUAAGGAGAUGUGUCUUGGAACGUUACAUCACUAUUGUUAACUCUUUGAGGGACCCACCGGCGCUCGCAACGGCCGGCCUGCAUUUAACUUGCAACGCUAGGAUGAUUUUACUUUCCUGAUUUUUAACAUUUAUCUAAAGUAGUGGAAGAUCAAUUAUACGGGAGACUAAUGUGGUGAAUAUUGAUGGGAAGCACGAUCAUUGACUGAGAUUCCAGUGGAAUAUCUUCAUUUACCAACUCGUGCCAGAUCAACCACUCAGCUGGCUUUAGCUAGCUCUGCAUAUGUCAGUGUGAAUUUGGGUUCAGUGUCCAGAUUUUCUGGCUUGGAGAAAUUCAUAAACCAUCAGGGGAGGUUUGGAUAUUCACCCACCAGCUGUUAAUUUCCCUCACUGGAUUCUAUAAUGACAAGGCUGUCAUUACAAAUUUUGAACCGGACAGAAUUGGUUCAGCAUGUUUGUUGGAAGUGCUGGAUAGCAGGAAAGGGCGACAUAUGUUCUGCUGGCAUUUUUCCGGCAUGGUUUAAAACGAUCUGCUGAAGAAUUUGGCUUCAGUUGCCAUGAGCAAGGAGAUUCAACAGGCCCCGAGUCUCUCAGGAGUGGACUCGGAAACGUGCACCAUUGUGUUUAAAAAUCAUUGGGCUCAGGUGAUAAAAAUAAUAGAAAGGCACGACCCACUGAAGAACUCUAACGCAAGACAUGGGGUUAUUCCUCCUGACGAAGCAAGUGCCGUCCAGAAUUAUGUUGAACACAUGAUCUUUCUGCUGAUUGAGGAACGAGCUGAAGAUGCAGCCAUGGGUCCCAUCCUGGAGUUUGUAGUUACAGAAAAUGUCAUGGAGAAACUUUUCUUGUGGAGCCUUCGCAGGGAGUUCACAGAUGAAAUGAAAGUUGAGCAAAUAAAGAUGUACGAGAUGUUGGUCACCCAAUGUCACCAGCCGCUACUGCACCACAAGCCAAUCCUGAAGCCUUUAAUGAUGAUGCUAAGUGCUUGCUCUGGGACUACCACUUCUUUUGUGGAGACUGAACUGGUCUUACUGCUUAACCAGCUCUGUUCCAUCCUGGCCAAGGACCCCUCCAUCCUAGAACUCUUCUUUCAUACCAGUGAAGACCAGGGAGCGGCGAACUUCCUCAUCUUCUCCCUGUUGAUACCUUUCAUUCACCGAGAAGGAGGAGUGGGCCAACAAGCCCGAGAUGCAUUGCUGUUUAUCAUGUCUAUCUCUUCGGAAUGUGACGUGGCAAAACACAUUGUGGAAAACACAUAUUUUUGUCCGGUGUUGGCCACAGGGCUUAGUGGCCUCUACUCCUCAUUGCCGACUAAAUUGGAGGUGAGAUCCGAUGAGUGGCACUACCUGCAGCGCGAGGACUGGAUGCAUAUUCCAGCGUUGGUACAGUUUAUGAACUCCCUGGAGUUCUGUAACGCUGUAAUACAGGUGGCUCAUCCCUUGAUAAAGAAUCAACUUGUGAACUAUAUCUACAACGGAUUCCUUGUGCCCGUCAUGGCUCCUGCACUUCACAAAACCACCGUCGAAGAAGUUAUGACCACAACAGCGUACUUGGAUCUGUUCCUCCGCAGCAUCUCGGAGCCUGCAAUGUUGCAGACCUUCCUGAGCUUCAUUCUGUUGCACGAGCAUGAAAACGUGCCGAUUUUAGACACGCUUGUCAGUCGAAUUAACACCCCCUUUCGGUUGUGUGUCGUUUCUCUGGCUCUGUUCAGAACCCUCAUAAGUCUGAAUUGUGAGGAUGUCAUGCUGCAGCUUGUCUUGAGGUACCUAAUACCAUGUAAUCACAUGAUGUUGAGCCAGCGUCAGGCAGUGAGGGAAAGAGAUUGCUACUCGGUUUCUGCUGCCAAACUACUUGCCUUGAUGCCAGCCUGCUGCAACUCUGGAACCACCCUCGUCCAGGGACAACCAGAGGGUGAAAACAUUCUGGGAUCAAGAGUCUCUGAUCCAUCUCACAUGAUCACUGAAGGCUCUGAAGGAGUGGUAGCAUGCGCAGAAAUCCCUGGGGAUUGGGACAGACUCCGAAAACCACUGGACGUCAGUUACCUGCAUUACCUGUGGGAGGCUCGGGUUAACAUUACUGCCUGUGUGAGGAAGUGUAAGGUGUGGUCUGCACCUUACGAUGGUGAAAAUCCAGAUCCUGAACAUUUUUCUCCUGCGUUGACAGAGGGCACCAGCAAAUUCAGCAACAAGGUGUUGGCUAAAAGCCAGCACAAUGCUGCCGUCAGGAGGACCAGGUCAAAAGCCAUUUCCAUCAGGGAAAGGAUGCAGCCGGAGCUGGAAUGGGAUGACAGCUACGAUACUGGGAUGUCUCCUAGUUCGGAUGAAGGAUCUCUACAACCUUAUUCACUUAUUAAGCAAGGAACUGCAAUCGAUGCACCACCAGCAGACCCUCCCAAGCACAUUCAGGAGAUGAAGAAAAGUGCACUAAUGCUUAUCAGAGGGUCCUACAUUGAGGAAUCGGAUUUUCACGACGAUGUCAUGGUUUAUAGACUUUGUGCCGAAAAGGAUGCUCAGGAUAAUGUUGAAAGUAACGCCAAAAAGGUAAAGACACCAUCUGGUGGUAGGAGCACAGAUCAGAAGGCACAGCUGAGUAACGGGCCGGUGAAUCGGACAAUACACAGCACCUCGAGGAGUGCAGUUUCUGAGAAACAAAACGCUGUGAGUGCCCGUGGUGAGCAGGGCACAGAAAUGGAGCAUUCUGGACUGGCACCUGACCAUGGCGAUCAGAACCAGGAAGCUACACUGAGCACCGAGUCCAAAGACUUGAACCAGCACACGCUGAGUAUGGAGACUGAAGACUUCCUUUCCCAGUACCAGGACCUUCUUGCAAAACUAAAUUACAAUCCGAAUGAAUUAAGUGCAUCGAACCAAAACUCUUCUGAACCCAGCACUCCUACAGAAGACGAAGAUGAUUUUGAGAAGUUCACUGUGGCCCCACAUUCUGACAACCUAACUUUUCCAUUUGGUCCAAAAGUUCACUUAAUGUUUUCCAAUAAUCCAGCUAGGAUACAUGGAGCUCCAUUCACAGGACCAUUCGUCAGUGUUUUAUUAUCUAAGAUGGAGAACAUGAUGGAAAAUGAAUUACACGUCAACUUGCUGCUGACCGGGAUUGUUGCACAAUUGGCUUGCUAUCCACAACCUCUCCUCCGUUCAUUCUUGCUCAACACCAAUAUGGUCUUUCAGCCCAGCGUACGCUCACUCUAUCAGGUGCUGGCAUCUGUAAAAAAUACUAUUGAGCAGUUUGCUUCAACAGUGGAAAAUUUCACAACACUUUUAACCCAGUCUCGUGAAAAUCUGCUCGCUCGGGUUGAAAACCCUUCAUCACACAAAGGAGAAUUGACAGACAAAGAAAGUGGAUCUAAGACACCAAGUCGUGCCCAAAAUGCCCACCAGCCUUCUAGUUCAAAAAAUUCCAUCAAUGCAGCUGUUAUCUUCACUGAAUUUCUUAAGGAACUUGCAGCAAUUGCACAAGAACAUUCCAUCUUAUCUCAUUCUUCUCUUGUGGACUGUGAAGAAUAAGAGUUAACUAGUUUGAAGAAAUGUUUAAUACAAAUGUUGCAUUCUCCUUUUAACAUUUUCUUUCCAAAACAAAAUAUUUCUACCAAGCCUUAAUACAAAAUGAAGAUCUGUGGUUUUGGGGGGGGGC